GCAGUUUGCCUGAUAGCUACUUUAAUCUCAAAUCUCAAUAGAUGCUCAUAAACAUUCUUUCAAAAAAAAAAAAAAAACUAACUAAACAAGUAAACAUAGACUUUUUAAUUUCGAUUAAAAGAGUGUUAGAAAAUAUUCCAACCUAAUUCCUAUAUUGCAUGAUAUUAUCGAUGAGAGUUGUUUUAUAAUUAAUAAAAAAACAAAUCUAUAUUUCUGAAAAAUGACAUUUAUCAUGAGAACCCAAACAGACCUAACCCAAUACCCCAAAAAGCCCAAAGACGAAGGCUAGGUAGGUUUCAUCACUCGCCAGUCACCACCCCUGCUGCUGCGACGCUUCCCCCUCUCCGGUCACCGCAACCGUGACUCACUCUCCACUCUCUGCCUCUGAUAAUUCUCCAAACUGUCUCCUGAAAUCGUGGAAACCACCCAAACUACACCGCAAAUCGUAGGUGUGGUUUGGCCGGUUUGACUUCUUCCUUCAUGCUCUUCCGACCACCACAAUCUCCCUCACCCUCCGCCGCUCGGAUGGCGCGUGCCUUUUUACGCGCCGUUCCUGCUCUUCUCCAUCCCUCAUCCUUCUCCACCACCACGGUCUCCUCUUGUUCUCCCUCUGUUCGCGGGGGCAAUGGCAAUGGCGGCUUCUCUUCGUUCUCCAGUUCUUCGGUGGUGUUCGGAAGGAGCUUUCACGCCCUGUGCGGCACCAAACAACGGUGGGGGGCUUUGAGGAGUUCGGGAAGAGUUUGGGCUGCGCAGAGGGACUAUCGUAGGGCGGCGAGGAGGAGAUCGGCUGCCAAGAGAAAUAACAAGGAGUUGGAGCUUAAUGUCAGUAUCUGCAUCGAAGAAGAUUUACCUGACGAUCCUGAAAUUUUGAGUAUUGCAGAGUUGCUGCGUUUGAAUGCUCCUAUGGCAAUGAAGUUAGCAUUUGAUGGUUUAAAAGAGUCGCAGUACAAGACUAGAGAUACUGCUAUAACUGAUGUUGGUGGAUUUGAAAGUGUGGAGCUUUCUGUGCUUCUCUGUAAUGACGAAUUUAUUCGAAAACUUAACAAGGAGUGGCGGGAUGAGGAUCACGCUACUGAUGUUCUUUCAAUGUCUGAUCACAUACCUGAUCUUAACCUUCCGAUUCUUAUGCUGGGAGACAUUGUGAUUUCGAUGGAGACCGCUGCAAGGCAAGCAGAAGAGAGAGGGAUUAGUCUUAUCGACGAAAUUCGGAUUCUCAUGGUACAUGGUUUAUUGCAUCUUUUGGGAUUUGAUCAUGAGAUUAGUGAAGAGGCUGAAAUGGAAAUGGAGAAGGAGGAGGAACUUAUCUUGAAAAGUCUUGGUUGGGCUGGGAAAGGACUUAUUCAGAGUGCAUAUGAUGCUGCUGAAACUAAUGGCAAUGCCAUUGCCGAUUCUCUUGAUGAUACAAAGAAGAAAGAAGGCAGCCUUCGGUUUUAUAAACCGAAGUUCAGCUAUAUCUUUUGUGAUAUGGAUGGUACACUGCUAAAUAGUAAAAGUCUCAUUAGUUCAACAACCGCCAAGGCUUUGAAAGAAGCCUCAUCAAGGGGUGUGAAGAUUGUUAUAGCCACUGGGAAAACUCGAGCUGCUGUGAUGAGCAUUUUCAAGAUGGCGGAUUUAGCUGGAAGUGGUGGCAUUGUUUCAGCAGUUUCUCCUGGGGUUUUCUUACAGGGGUUGCUUGUCUAUGGUACACAAGGCCGCGAAAUUUAUAGGAGGAAUUUGGAUCCAGUUAUCUGCAGAGAGGCUUGUGUUUACUCGUGGGAGAAUAAAGUUCCUCUAAUUGCAUUUAGCGGGGGUCGCUGCCUUACUCUGUUUGAUCACCCAAAAGUUGAGUCGCUGCACAGUGUGUAUCAUGAGCCAAAGGCAGAGAUAAUGUCUUCUGUUGAUCAGAUCUUGGCUGCUGCUGACAUACAGAAAGUGAUCUUCAUGGACACUGCAGAGGGUGUGUCUACUACUUUGCGCCCCUAUUGGGCAGAGGCAACUGGAGAUCGUGCCAGUGUUGUGCAGGCUCAGGCAGACAUGCUUGAAAUCGUUCCUCCUGGAACGUCAAAAGGGAGUGGGGUGAAACUCCUCCUUGAUCAUCUGGGAGUUAGUCCUAAAGAGAUAAUGGCGAUCGGCGAUGGAGAAAAUGAUGUUGAGAUGCUUGAGCUUGCUUCUCUAGGCGUUGCUCUUAGUAAUGGAUCAGAGAAGACAAAAGCUGUGGCUAAUGUAAUUGGUGCCAGCAAUGAUGAAAAUGGCGCAGCUGAUGCAAUAUACCGGUAUGCAUUCUAAGCCUUCUUCAUUUGCAUUUGCAGGUAGGAGUGAAGAGUGGAAUAGAGUACCUUUGUACAAUCAAUUCACAUUGAGGCCAACAAGGCAUGUCUUAGUUAAUAUUUUCUAUUUGUUUUCUCUUGACACAGAGAGUUUUCUUAAUUUUUUUUCACAGUAAUUCACUAUUAUUUUUCUCAAAAUAGAGAACUUUCUCCGUUUUUGUUUAUGUACUUUGGAUAAUUGGAUUUCGUUCUGAUGAAAUUUGUAUAUGAAAUUAAAUACCGAGGAUUUUUGAUGAA